CCGCCCCGCGGCGGCGCGCGCGCGGUGACGCGGCGGCGGCCCGGCCCCGCCCCGCCGCGCCGUGCCUGGCUGAGGCGAGCCGCGGCGGCCGCUGCUGGGGCUGAGACAAGAUGGCGGCCCCGGGCGAGUACUUCAGUGUGGGCAGCCAGGUGUCGUGCCGCACCUGCCAGGAGCAGCGCCUCCAGGGCGAGGUCGUCGCCUUCGACUACCCCAGCAAGAUGCUGGCGCUCAAAUGCCCUUCUUCCAGUGGAAAGCCUAAUCACGCAGAUAUCCUGCUUGUAAACUUACAGUAUGUUUCAGAAGUGGAAAUAAUUAAUGACCGCACGGAAACCCCUCCUCCUUUAGCUUCACUCAAUGUUAGCAAGCUUGCCAACAAAGCACGGACGGAGAAGGAAGAGAAGCUGAGCCAGGCGUAUGCAAUUAGUGCUGGUGUCUCUCUGGAAGGACAGCAGCUCUUCCAGACUAUACAUAAGACCAUUAAAGACUGUAAAUGGCAGGAGAAGAACAUAGUUGUGAUGGAAGAAGUUGUUAUUGCCCCUCCGUAUCAAGUGGAAAACUGUAAAGGCAAAGAGGGAAGUGCGCUGAGUCACGUACGCAAAAUAGUCGAGAAACAUUUUAGAGAUGUGGAAAGCCAAAAGGUAAUGCAGCGUUCACAAGCACAGCAAACACAGAAGGAGACCUCCCUGGCGUCCUGAGUCCCACCGCCAGCGCCGGGGCUCCGCCGCCGCCCGGCAGCCAACGCCGACGUCUCCAGCGGAGGCCGGGGCGGGAGGGCAGGGGAGCAGUUUUAUUCCCUUUCGGGCUCGUUAAUGGGGAGCUCACCGAUUCCAAACCUUAGACUUUAAAAAAGAAAAAAAAAAAAAAGAAAAAAAAAGAACGAGAAAAGAGAAUAAUUUAAAAGCUCAUGCAUUACUUGACUAACAGACUUUCUUUUGUCCGCCAUGUUUUCUUUCCUACGAGCCAGUCAGACUCUGUUAGUUUUAUUUUUUGACGUUUCUCUCCUUUCCUCUCCCCCUGCCGAGA